GUUAGUGUUCUAGUGGUGGAAAAUGUAUAAUUUCGUGAUCAAACAGUAGAGGCGGCGUUGGUGCGAUCUAUCAUUAUAGAUUAGGGCAAUCAGUCGAUCGCUAGUAAAACAUUGGCCGUGCUGAAUUACCUUCCGGAGCAACAAUUUGUAAAACCUCAAUCACUUUGUCGUUAGUUAUGCUUCGCGCUUUGUUAUACGUUGCUUAUGGACUCAUUGUAAACUAACAUAUUCGAUUCGAUUCUUAUUUUAGAACAAUGUACAAGAGCAAUGAAAUUGAAAUACGUCCUCGAAAAGCAACAUCACAGGCAGCGUUCAGAAAGGAUAAUUAUUGGAUGAACCAGACACAAGUGGAAACAUCACCGUGGUACGAAUGGGACACGAAAGUUUUUAACAGCCAUGAUAAACCACCUCAACUAUCGGGCUACGAGUCGUUCAAUAAGGAUCUCCGAGAUUACUUACAAACGUCAACACUUCACGGUCUACGAUACAUCGGCGAAAGAAAACUGACGUGGUUUGAAAGAUUUUUCUGGUUAGCCGCGUUCUGUUGUUCUGUAAUAUGCGCUGCAUUCUUUAUCCUCAACGUGUACCACAAAUGGCGUUCAUCUCCUAUGAUCGUGAGCAUCAACCCUCAGAACAUGCACCUGCAAGACCUGCCUUUCCCCGCGCUCACAAUCUGUAAUGUCAACCAGGCGAAGAAGUCUGUAGCAGAACGGUAUAUUAGCACCGGAAGUUCGUUGGACAAAAAACUGUUGAACAGUUUAUGUGCCACCCAAAGAGAUGCAGACAUAUUUGAAGAUGAUAUAGCUGAAAGUGCCAAUUGGGACUACACAAGAUCAUUUCUUAUCAAUGUAACUCAACCGUGCAACGAAAUGCUAGCGAUGUGUCUAUGGGACUCGCGUAGUAUGAACUGCCAGGACCUGUUCAAUGCCCAACUCACCGAUGAAGGUCUGUGCUGCACCUUCAACGUCGUGCAUCGUGACAACAUGUUCAGAAAUCCAAGAGACCUGAACGAUUUGAACUUAACAUUUCCGUUGCCGUCAGUGGACUGGACUCCGGAGGGCGGUUAUCCGGCUGACGCGCCACCUGACGGAUUCCCUUGGAAGCCUAAAGGUAUAGGCACCAAUCAUGGCUUGACCCUAAUCUUGGAUGCAAACAUCGCUGAAUAUUACUGUGCGUCCACAAAGAGCAUGGGAUUUAAGAUACUUCUCCACAAUCCGACGGAAACUCCGAAUAUUGCAAAAAUAGGUGAAAUCUAUGGUCCAGGAAUAGAAGCGCGUGUCGCCAUACAGCCGAGAAUUUUAGACGCGCAAUCUUCCUUAAAAGAUAUCGAUGUUAAGAAAAGACUUUGUUUAUUCUCAAGCGAAAAGGAAUUAGUUUUUUACAGAACUUACACUUUACGGAACUGCGAGAUGGAAUGCGAAGCCAGAUCCAUGUUGGAUAGAUGCAAAUGUGUCCUUUAUUAUAUGCCCAAAAACAAGUCAACACGCAUUUGCGGGAAAGCCGACGCCAAAUGUUAUUCAAAUGUUAAACUGACAGCACAGAGUGAUAGUGAGGCUUCGUGUGACGAGUGUCUACCCGCCUGCAACGAAAUAGCUUACUUCGAGCGGCUAAGCACCGCACCACUCAACAAAGCGCUUAUUGGACAAUACUCUACAAUACUAUUGAACAGGACUCCAGAUUACUUCACAGAAAACAUGCUAUUAGUUCACUUUUAUUUUGAAGACAACACAUUUAUGAGAUUUACGAAAGGUGAAAUAUUUGGUCUUACGGAAUUUCUAUCCAAUACUGGAGGUUUACUGGGCUUAUGCAUGGGUUUCAGUAUAAUGAGUGUUGUCGAACUACUCUAUUUUUUAACCCUACGUGCGUUCUGCAUGGCGAGAAGAAGAAAACCAACGCAUCCUUUCUUAAAAUAAACUUUAAUUUUAUGUGUUUUGGUGAGAUACGUAGAUGCUGAUAAAGCAAUUGUGACGUUAUAUCAAAAAACUUAUUUAAGUCAACCUUAUGUGAACACUAGCAGUGCAACACAAUAUUUUGCUGGCAACAUGGGACAAAAGCAAAUAAGUCUUGAUAUUUCUGCACUAACAAAAUUUGUUUUUUCAGAUAUUUGACCAUAUUUAAGGAAAUAAUGUGUGUGAUUGUUAAUAUUUACACAAUAAUGUUUGGAAAUAAAAAAGGCUUACCAUAUUUACAAAAUUGUAUUACAAGUGGUAUAAUUUUUAAAUCUAACUUAAUUCCUAUGAGAUAUAGAAUUACCAUUAAAAAGUAUGUUUUAAGUUAAACUACAAACUUACUCAUAUCCAAAACAAUUAUUCUGUCAUGACUAUUGUAUUCUUUACGUUUUUACUUUUCCUCCCUAUGCAUAGGCUGUAAUUGUAGCUGAUUUUGAUAAUCACUGAGAGGAACUCUUUUAUUACAGUUUCUAUUGAUAUGAAGGGAUGUGAGUCUAAAAAACGCCUUACCAAAUCAAUAAUGGUACAAGGUAAAUUUGGCUAAUCACUUUGAAGUCUUAAUAGUUAGUCAAUAUGAUUGUGAAGACCAGCACAAUAUUUUUAGUUAGAGUGGGUGCACAUUUUUGACUAAAAUAGUGCAAAUGUCAAUUGUUUCACAGCCCAUUCAAC